AAACACAAAUCGGCGAGUACAUACGGACAUGCCCAGUUGGCCAUGAACCAUGAGGAGUAUUCCUGGUUCACGAAACUGGUGUCUCUCCGUGAUUUCUUUGCAGGGGGGGAUUCUGAACAUUUUUUUUUAACCGUUCCGGAGGGGUUUGCAGCAGGCUGCUGCCACUUUUCCAAAUGGAAUGGAAGAGGAUGGGGUUCGGAGGUCAGUUCACCUUUAAGAACUUCAGAACCUCCAUGGUCCAUUAUAACAAGCACAAGAGCCCCAAGAAGAAGCAGCUCAUCCACCGUGCUAUGUGCCACUCUGAGGACGUGGCCUCCAGGUUCUACACAACCCUGAACACGGCCUCAGAGGCGGCCCAAGUGCGGAAGCUCCAGGCGGAAGAGAGUUCUCCCGAAAAGUCUAUCACCUCCAGCCCGGAGAAAAAAAAAAGAGGUUCAAGGAGGUGCCUUUUUGUAGAGUCUUCCCAGGAAAGUGAGGAGGAAGAAGAGCAGCAAACACAUGGGUCUCACCAAUCCCUAUCCAGACCGCCGGCUUCCAAGCGGAAGUUAUCUUCUCUUUCUAGUUCUUCGGAGGAUGAUAGUGGCCCGGAACGUCAGGAGGAAGAACAAGAAGAAGAAGAACAACAACAACAAGGAGAAGGAGAAUUAUUCAUCCUACAAAGCCCAGUGAAGAACCCUCAAACAGAUGCCACCAUGUGCAAGAUAGGGGCAGAUCCAUCCGCUGGCCACACCUACUUGGGCAGGCCAGUCCUUGUGAGCCAGAAGGACAUGAAGCUCCUAGAGGCGAAGGUGUCGCCGAGGGUCAAGAUGGUUAAGGCCAAGUGUUCCACUGUCAUGCUCAGCAGUUCGGAUGAUGAAGACAUUGAAGAGUCUGCGGUGUAUGAAUCCUUCAAAUUUGUUUAGUAUUCAUUGUUGCAUUUUGCCCAAUUUUUCUUGUUGUUGUUGUUGUUGUUGAAUUGUUCUUAUUGUUGUUUUACUAUG